AGGCUCCCAGGCCGACGGAACACGGAACCACGCACGCGUUGGAAAAGUUAUCACUGCUCCUUCAUUUGUCGUUGGACGUUGUUACAUCAGUGCUCGACGUUGGCGUAGGAACUGUGACCGCUUCCAUGGAGGAGGUACGUCAUUCGGAGAGAGCAGACAAAGUCAGUUGGUCUACAUAUUGCUCCAUCUUUCUCUACGUACUCAGUGGGGUAGUCGCCGCAUCGAUGAUAGCCAUUGGCACAUCCCAGACUUGUCACAGUAAUGACUUCAUUCGUCUGUAUAUUAUUGUGUCCGGCAUCACAACACUGGCGCUGAUGUUUUGGCUCAAGAUCAUGGAAGGUGCAGGUCGCUGUUGGAACCUGUUUUGGCUGAAUGUUGUCCUGCUGUUCUUCGCUGGGUGGACCAUAGCGGGUGCAGUAUGCGUGUUCGGCAACUUGGUCCAUGACUGCAAUUCGCUAAUCUAUAGAUCUGCGCAGUUCUGUGCCGGAUAUAGUAUUUUUUUCACCAUCCUUGUAUGCUAUAUUUACGGAAAGGCCAUGGAGGAGUAAAUCACCAACCGAGCUUCUACUGUGAUGCACUGGAGAGAUAAAAUACACAAUAAUUAUCUGCGCUCGUUCUGCGCAAAACUUUAAUGGAAUGUGAUGUGGUGCGAUAAAGAAAAAGAUGGGGAUGUGAGUUUCGACGAAGCCGAACUGGCUACCCCAGUACACUUAGUACAGCUUGGGACAAAAGUUUACGGAACACGGGGUUGUCACAUUUCUCCAUUUGAGCGGCACCCUAGCAACAAACAGAGGCGGACGCGCACAUUGAGAGAUGGACAGAAUAGCCGAACACCCGUUUCUUAUUCGAUAUCUUCUUGAUAUGUAGCAGGGGGCCGCUCCCAUGAAGAAAUAUGCCAGUGCCGUGUUCCGUAAACUUUUGUCCCAAGCUGUACACACAGAAAGUUCAAACCGAUGAUGAGGUGAUGAAAAACAGAACUUCACCACAUAGCACGCUCCUAGCCAACUAUCUUUCCGAAUAAUAUCAUUCUGUAUCCUGAUUUAUUCAAAACAGGGGGGAGGCGUCUAUCUGGGACAAGAUCAUCUGUCCCAGAUAGACGCCUCCUGCCAUUUUCAACAAAUCAAUACAUAGAAUGAUAUCAUUCGGAAUGAUGGUUGGCUAUGAGCGUGCUAUGUGGUGAAGUUCUGUUUUAACAGUGUAGGCCCCUGUGGAGGUGUGGAGGGGUGUUAGAUAUGCACGACUUGGCUAUAGUAGACUGUAACUUGACAUAUUGUGCUGUUGCGUCGUACCUAUACUGCUUGGAAAGUGCCGACAAUUUCCGGAACAAUCAUUUCUUUGGUGUGUUGUAGCGCUUAUCCCUGAUAAAUGUGGUAGCAAAUGCACGCAAUAAAAACUUACUACAUAA